UUUAUAUUCUUCUUGAAGAUAAUGUUCCUUUGGUUCAAAGCUCACGUCUUAUCUACUCUUGUUUUGAACAGAAAAACUAUUGGAAAGUAGUAUACCAGAAAACUGAGUAUCAAACAAGUCAUGGCUCUAUCAACCACAGCUGCAACAACACUAUACAUUUCUGGCAACAACAUACAUGCCUCAACCCCCAAAAACGCUUCCUUAUUCUCAAAUUCUACCAUCAGCUUUUCAGCAAAGCAGAGAAGAAGACUAAGCAUCAGGAGCUCUGGUGAUGUAUCAUCCGAGACACCAACGACUGAAACAGAAUCUGAAAAGUCCAUUGAUGAAGCUCCUAAAGGACCUCCUUCUUUGAUCUCUGCUCUUAAUGUUGAACGAGCUCUUCGUGGCAUCGCAAUCACAGACGCAGAUCACUAUGGUAGACUCGGCCUUCAAAGAGGGUGUUCUUAUGAACAGGUCACUGUGGCCUACAGAAACAAGGUUGAUGAACUCCUGAAUCAGGGACUAGAUGAAGAAGAACUCAGCAAGAAAAUGGAUCUCUUAAAAGAGUCGUACUCGAUUUUGUCAUCGGUGGAAGAAAGAAGGCUGUAUGACUGGAGCUUGGCUAGAACUGAACAACCAGAUAGAUAUGCUUGGCCUUUUGAGGUGGAUAUCACCCAAACUCCUACGGAGGAGCCUCCACCAGGCGAGCCGGAGGACGUCGGACCAACAAGAGCGGUGGGAUACUUCAUGCUGGGAUGGCUAAUACUGUCUUUCGUCUUGUCUAUUGCCUUUGCUCGAUAGGGCAUGUUUUCUUUUAAUCUAUAUGUAUAAUACUUGUUUUUUUUUUUCUUUGCUUAUACGAACUUGGCUGAAGAGAACCGCCACUAUUAUCAUUCUUUAGCAUCAAGAAAAUAUAAUUAAAUCAACUUCCAAUCCAA